AGCGGUCCGGGCCCGGGCGCCACGGGGCCGCACUCUCCGCUCCCGGCGGCUGCAGCCCGGUCCUCGCGCCGGGCGCUCGGCGGAGAUGGCCUCGGUCGCCGCGGCGGCGGCCAGACGGAGCCUCGGGCGGGCGCCCCCGCUGCUCCUCCGGCGCGGCUACCAGACGGAGAGGGGCGUCUACGGCUACCGGCCGCGGAGGACCGAGCGCCGGGAACCCCUGGGUGCCCGCGCGCACCCGCCAGUUGAUCAUGGACUUGCCAGGUUGGUGACAGUAUAUUGUGAACAUGGUCAUAAAGCUGCCAAAAUCAACCCCCUCUUCACUGGACAAGCCCUGCAGGAGGAUGUGCCUGAAAUCCAAGCUCUUGUGCAGACCCUGCAGGGACCCUUUAAUACCACAGGAUUAUUGGACAUGGGGAAGGACGAGGCCUCCCUUGAGGAAGUAUUAGCCUAUCUCAACCAAAUCUACUGUGGGCAGAUGUCCAUUGAAACCUCCCAACUUCAGAGACAGGAAGAGAAAGACUGGUUUGCAAGGCGGUUUGAGGAGCUGAAAAAGGAGACGUUUACUACAGAAGAGAGAAAACAUCUAUCCAAGCUAAUGCUAGAAUCUCAGGAAUUUGACCAUUUUUUGGCCACCAAGUUUGCCACAGUGAAGCGAUAUGGAGGCGAAGGAGCCGAAAGCAUGAUGGGCUUUUUCCAUGAGCUGCUGAAAAUGUCAGCCUACAGUGGGAUCACUGAUGUCAUCAUUGGGAUGCCCCAUAGAGGGAGACUUAAUUUACUGACAGGCCUUCUGCAGUUCCCUCCAGAGCUGAUGUUUCGCAAAAUGCGAGGCUUAAGUGAAUUUCCGGAAAAUGUACCAGCCACUGGAGAUGUCCUGUCUCACCUGACCUCCUCAGUUGACCUGGACUUCGGUGCGCACCAUCCCCUGCAUGUGACGAUGCUGCCUAACCCCUCACACCUGGAAGCUGUCAAUCCCGUGGCUGUCGGGAAGACUCGGGGAAGGCAGCAGUCUAGACAGGAUGGGGACUACUCUCCGGAUGUUUCGGCUCAGCCUGGGGACAAAGUCAUUUGUUUGCAGGUUCACGGUGAUGCUUCUUUCUGUGGUCAAGGGAUUGUCCCUGAAACAUUUACGCUCUCUAAUCUCCCACAUUUCAGAAUUGGUGGAAGUGUCCACCUGAUUGUCAAUAACCAGCUGGGUUACACCACUCCAGCAGAAAGAGGAAGGUCUUCCUUAUACUGCAGUGAUAUUGGGAAGCUCGUGGGCUGUGCCAUCAUCCAUGUCAAUGGAGAUAGUCCAGAGGAAGUGGUCCGUGCCACACGGCUGGCUUUUGAAUACCAGCGGCAAUUCCGGAAGGAUGUGAUUGUUGAUUUGUUGUGCUACAGACAGUGGGGCCACAACGAGCUGGAUGAGCCUUUCUUCACCAACCCAGUCAUGUACAAAAUCAUCAGAGCCCGGAAGAGCAUUCCAGACACUUAUGCAGAGCACCUUAUUGCCAAUGGACUCAUGACCCAGGAGGAGGUGUCAGAAAUCAAGGCCUCCUACUAUGGCAAGUUAAAUGACCAUUUAAAUAACCUGGCCCACUAUAGCCCCCCUGCCACUCACCUGCAGGCCCACUGGCAGGGCCUGGCUCAGCCAGAAGCUCGCAUUACCACCUGGAACACAGGUGUGCCCAUAGACCUCCUUCGGUUUAUUGGCGGCAAGUCUGUGGAGGUGCCGGAGGAACUCCAGAUGCACAGUCACCUUCUGAAGAUGUAUGUUCAGUCCAGGCUGGAGAAGGUGAUGGAUGGAACCAAGUUAGACUGGGCCACGGCAGAAGCUCUUGCCUUAGGCUCAUUGCUUGCUGAAGGUUAUAAUGUCCGUCUGAGUGGCCAAGAUGUUGGCCGUGGAACGUUUAGUCAGAGACAUGCAAUGGUUGUUUGCCAGAAGACUGAUGACACCUACAUCCCACUGAACCAUAUGGACCCUCAUCAGAAGGGGUUUCUAGAGGUCAGCAACAGCCCAUUGUCAGAGGAGGCUGUCCUGGGAUUUGAGUAUGGGAUGAGCAUUGAGAGCCCUAAGUUACUGCCCAUCUGGGAGGCUCAGUUUGGCGAUUUCUUCAAUGGUGCCCAGAUCAUCUUCGACACGUUCAUCUCUGGAGGAGAGGCCAAGUGGCUCCUGCAGAGCGGCAUUGUGAUUCUCCUGCCCCACGGGUAUGAUGGGGCUGGACCUGACCACUCCUCUUGUCGCAUAGAGCGUUUCUUGCAGAUGUGUGACAGCACAGAGGAGGGGGUGGACGGGGACACCGUAAACAUGUUUGUGGUGCACCCCACGACUCCUGCUCAGUAUUUCCAUUUGCUCAGGAGACAAAUGGUCCGGAACUUCAGAAAACCCCUCAUUGUUGCUUCUCCAAAGAUGUUACUCAGGUUCCCAGCAGCUGUAUCAACUCUUCAAGAAAUGGCACCAGGAACAACAUUCACACCGGUCAUUGGUGAUUCAUCUGUGGACCCAAAAAAUGUUAAGAGUCUAGUGUUCUGCUCUGGAAAACACUUCUAUGCCCUGCUGAAGCAAAGAGAAUCUUUGGGGGCCAAGAAACAUGCAUUUGCCAUUAUCCGAAUAGAGGAACUCUGCCCGUUCCCAUUGGACUCAUUACAACUGGAGAUGAGCAAAUACAAACACGUUAAAGAUUUUAUUUGGAGUCAGGAGGAGCCUCAGAACAUGGGUCCGUGGUGUUUUGUUUCUCCAAGAUUUGAAAAGCAGCUGGCCUGCAAGCUCCGCCUUGUGAGCCGACCACCUUUGCCAACACCUGCUGUAGGAAUUGGUACUGUGCACCUGCAGCAGCAUGAAGAUAUCCUCACCAAGACCUUUGCUCAAUGAUGUACUUUGAAGAAAUACAACUUCCUGUUAAGAAAAUUGCCAUAAAAAGAAAGACCUGCUUCCUCUACUCUCCUUUUUCCAUUAGGUAACAUGAAAUGUCUGCGUUCCUCUAAGAUGUUGGGACUGAUUGGGACAGUUUAUUCUGGAAUUCGUGGAAUAGCAAUGGAAUCAAUAUAUAAAUCAGAUAAGUAACUUUUAUCCUUACAUAUUCGAUCAUGUUACAAUUUGGUUAGAUCUGAGAGUUAUAGAGCUAGGUCAUAAUCAAGAUUUUUCAGAUUCCACUCUUUCUCAUUAACUGUAUAUGCCCAGGAAAGUUCUUUAGCUCGACUUUAUAGCUACAUAUAGAUUAUCUCAACAUUACCUCUAAAUUUAUUUGAUGCAUGUCACUUUCAUUAAUUUUCCCCUCCUUUAUUCAAAGUCAAAUAUUUUCAUUUAUGUCGGUUUUGGUGUAGUCUUCCAGCCACUGUGAAAAAUGUUUCACUAGACAUUGUAGCAAUACUAUAUUAUUUCUGAUUUCAAGAUAGUUUUACCCAUUGUCCUUAAGUAUAUUAAAUACAAAUUUCUGGGUGUGAUCUUUUAGCAUAGUGGUACUAAGUAAAGGAGUUUUUUGGGUUUUUUUUAAGUACAUUUUUAUUGAUUAUUUUUUAGAGAGGCAGAAGGCAAGAGGGAGAGAGAAACAUCAAUGAGAGAGAAACAUUGAUCAGCUGCCUCCUGCACAACCAGACAUGUGCCCUGACUGGGAAUUGAACUGGCAACCUCUUGGUGCAUGAAAUGAUGCUCAACCAACUGAGCCACAUUGGUGGAGCAAGUGAAGGAGUUUUAGGUACAAUGAAAUUGGUUUGUAGCCUGCCUUGCCAUAGUAUCUUUCUCCCCUAAAUUGUUCUUGUAGUAUUCAGAUCCCUUUUAUUCCCAUACACCAUAAUGCUUCCUUUCUGUGUCAAGCCUUAUAAAUCAUGUAACUUGGUGCCACUCAUGUAAAUCACUAAAAUCACAGAGGUCUAUUUAAUAAGACUGGUUAACAGUAUUGUACAUCAAACUAGUAAAAAAUAAAAGCACAGUGUCAUUUUCAGAUCUCUUGGUUUCUUAACUUAAA